AUGGCGAAUGAUCCCCCGAUCCCCAUUCCAGACCUCAGCGGGAAAGUCGCCAUCGUAGCCGGUGGCCAUACAGGGCUAGGCUUCGGGACAAGUAUCGAGCUGGCGAAACACGGUGCCCGCGUGUACAUCGCCAGUCGCUCGGCGAGCAAAAUCGAUGAUGCAAAGCGUGAUAUCCUGGCCGAGAGUCCAAACGCUGACGUUCGGUUUCUGUCGCUGGAUUUGGCGGAUUUGGGUAGUGUGAAGGCGGCAGCGGAGAGGUUUCUCAAGGAAGAGCCGAGUCUUCAUUUGCUGGUGAAUAAUGCUGGGGUUAUGUGCGUCCCAUACGAGGAGACCGUGGACGGGUUCGAGAUGCAGAUUGCGGUCAACUACAUUGGCCACUUCCUCUUCACAAAGCUCCUCUUACCAACAAUGCAAACCACGGCAGCGGCAUCCAGCAAGGGGAGCGUGCGUAUCGUGAACGUAUCCAGCGACGGGCACGCAAAAUUAGCCCCGAAGGAAGGCAUGAUUUUCUCAGACAUAAACAUGAAGGAUACUUUCUCCGUGUGGGCUCGAUACGGACACUCCAAGCUGGCAAACGUCCUGCAUUCAAAAGAGCUGGCAAAGAGGUAUCCAGAUAUCCUCUCGGUGUCCCCGCAUCCGGGAACGGUGAAGACAAACCUAUCGGCAGGGCCAGUAUCGUCAACACCUUUAUACAGGUUGAUAAAACCACUUGUCGAACUAGCCGCGCCUGGUCCACGGAAGGGAGCGGCAAAUAUCCUUUUUGCCGCCGUAUCCCCGAGGUUGAAGCUCGAAUUCGACAAUGGCGCAUAUCUGCUCCCUGUGGGAAAGCUAUCGCCGACAAGUAAGGCGGGAGCAGAUCCGAAAAUGGCCAAGGAACUCUGGGAGUGGACGGAGAGGGCGCUGGCAAGUCGAGGAUUUGAGUAA